CCGCCCGAUCCGACGCGCUGGAUUGCCGGCGACCGGGCGUUGUCGAUCCGAAGUGCAGCAGUCGGCUCUUCCUGCAGAUCCCCUGCGCUUGCGUCCCAUAAUUGCACGACCUGCGCAUCUCGCCAGCUCAAGAGCAUCCGUGGAUCUGACCGGAAGAGGCCGCGGCUGCUGCUGCUGCUGCUCCCUCGGCGAUGUCGAGGGUUCGGGACAGGACGGAGGACUUCAAAGAGGCCGUCCGAGUCGCCGCGCUCUCCCAUGGAUACACGGAGGCCCAACUGGCCGCGCUCAUGUCGUCUUUCAUCAUCCGGAAGCCGUCGCCCAAGUCAGCGUUCACUAAUGCCGCGAUCAAGACGCUUGAGAGCAUCAGGGAACUCGAGAGAUUCAUAGUGAAGCAUAGGAGGGAUUAUGUGGACCUGCAUCGCACUACCGAGCAAGAGAGGGAUAACAUUGAGCAUGAAAUUGGUGUUUUUGUAAAAGCAUGCAAGGAACAGAUUGAUAUCCUGAAGAAUAGGAUCCAUGAAGAAGAGAAGAAUGGAAGUGGAAAGACAUGGCUUGGCACUAGGGAUGAGAGUUCCCGGUUGGACUUGAUAGCUCAUCAGCAUGGUGUGGUUCUAAUUUUGAGUGAGCGUCUCCACUCGGUAACUGCACAAUUUGACCGUCUUCGGUCCAUGCGUUUUCAAGAUGCUAUUAACAGAGCAAUGCCAAGGAAGAAGAUUCUGAAGAGACCUGAAAUCAAACCUGCUGAACCGUCGAAGUCCAAUCUUGUUCUAAAAUCUGAUGUAUCAAAGAUUGUAGAUCAGGAAGUAUCCCCAGCACCUAUGAGAGUUCAAGAGCAACUUUUGGAUGAUGAAACAAAAGCCCUUCAGGUGGAGUUGACAAGUCUUCUUGAUGCUGUCCAAGAAACGGAGACAAAGAUGAUAGAAAUGUCAGCACUUAAUCAUCUUAUGUCAACACAUGUUCUACAACAAGCUCAACAGGUUCAGUAUUUAUAUGACCAGGCUGUUGAAGCUACAAAUAAUGUGGAGCGUGGGAACAAGGAACUAUCCCAGGCAAUCCAGCGCAACAGCAGCAGUAGAACCUUUCUCCUCCUCUUCUUCUUUGUUCUCACUUUCUCCGUUCUUUUUCUUGACUGGUACAACAACUGAAAUAGUAUACGAAGACGUAUUUGUGGGAAAUGAUCAAAUUAUGAAGGCUGUCUGUCUAUUUAAAGUUCUGACCUUUUAGGUGGUCUGUUACUUCCCAA